UACAAAACGACUUACUGAUACCUUUAAUGUUUAACGGAGUUGUAGUGUCCGCAUGGAAGAAUCAUAGAAUAGAAUCAUAGAAUGACCAGGCUGGAAAAGACCUAUAGGAUCAUCGAGUCCAACCAUUCCUGUCUGCCACUAAACCAUGUAUGUCCCUGAGAUCCUCAUCUACCCGUCUUUUAAAUACCUCCAGGGAUGAGGACUCCACCACCUCCCUGGGCAAGGAAUGAGAGCAUUAGAAUCUUCAUCUGAAAGCAGCAGAUCCUUGCGUCUCCUGGAUUUGACUGUGAUUUGCACGUCACGUACACUCGGCUGUGUGCUUUGGAAGCCUUCAGCAAGGGUCGUGCACAGGACACAGACUUCGAAUAUAACUUAAGAUCAUGGCAGCACACUGGAGAACAAUCUUGAUAACACUCGUGGCAGCUCAAGUACUAUUUGUGGUAAAUACCUUUGAGGAAGAGGAUGUACCUGAAGAAUGGAUUCUUCUUCAUGUUGUUCAAGGUCAGAUUGGAGCAGGAAACUACAGCUAUUUGAGACUAAAUCACGAAGGAAAGAUAGUACUUCAGAUGCGGAGUUUAAAAGGUGAUGCAGACUUGUAUGUCUCUGAUAUGACGCUUCACCCCAGCUUUGAUGAAUACGAGUUACAGUCUGUAACUUGUGGUCAGGAUGUUGUCUACGUACCUGCACACUUCCGCCGCCCAGUGGGAAUAGGGAUUUAUGGUCAUCCCUCUCACCUGGAGAGUGAGUUUGAAAUGAAAGUAUUCUACGAUCGAACAGUUGUACAGUAUCCAUUUGGUGAGGCUUCUUACAACCCCCAGGAGAUGGAGGCAAACCAGAAAUACUCACAGACUACAGAAGAUGAAUCUCAGGAGGAGGAGUCUAUCUUCUGGACUAUACUUAUUGGAAUCUUGAAAUUAAUACUCGAAAUUCUUUUUUAAAUUGAUACAC